GAACCGGAAUGGCAUCUUUGAGAGAGAAUGACGAAUAUACCCCUGGAAGGAGGGUUCUUCGAAAUGACAUAGCCUGCAAAUCCGCAUCAGCGUGUAACCACUCUUUUCAUUAUUAUCUGUAACUUAGUUGGCGUCCAUGGCCGCUCCUUCUCCGAAGUCCCCAUUGACCUUCUUCUUCUUCUUCUUUACUCUUCAGUCUUCCCCCCCUAUAUAUCAUCCCCCUCCCCACUCCCCCUUCUUCAGCUCAAACUCAAGCCCUAAUUCCUAAUCCCUAAUUCCCAAUCCCUAAUUCCCAAUCCCUAAUUCUAUCUCGCUUUCUUACUCCGAUGGCGUUUGUCGCAGACCAAUCCGGAUUCGAGGACUGGCUACCGAAGAUGGCGGAGAGGCUGGGCGGCGAGGGGCUGAUCGGGGAGCUUUGCAAUGGAUUCAAUCUUCUGAAGGACAGAGAGAAGGGGGUGAUUGAUUUCGAGAGUCUGAAGAGAAACGCGGCGGCGCUAGGGCUGGCGGAUCUGAGCGAUGAGGAUCUGAGAGAAAUGUUGAGGGAGGGGGAUUUCGACGGUGAUGGCGCUCUCAAUCAGAUGGAGUUUUGUGUUCUUAUGUUCAGAUUGAGCCCUGAAUUGAUGGACGAGUCCUGGUUCUUGCUCGAGGAUGCUCUAAACCAAGAGUUUAAGGGCUUCUGUUGAUUUUUCUUUUUAUUUUGUAAUUAUUAAUUACUGAUUUAUUUACUUCACUUAUUGAAUAUACAGGAAAACAAAAAGCCAUUAAGCCAUUAA